AUGGGGGUUCGUUAUCUUCGUGUUCCUGAUAUGUGCAAGCAGUGCAAGGAAUUUGGGCAUUGUGAGGGAGAGGUUAAGGAGUGCAAAGUAGUGCAGUCUAUCAAAGGUAGUGAGUUAAUCAGGGCGGAGGAUAUGAUUGAUGAAGUAACUUGGGUGUCUAAAACCAGGGCAAGCUUGGCAGGAAAGUCUAAUGAAGGUGGAUCAACUCUAGUAGCUGGUUCAGUCAGUGGAGGGAGUGCAAUGGCUGCCCAGACAACUGAAGGAGGCCCAGUUCUAGUAGUUGGCUCAACAGACGAUAGUCCAGCUCCUGUCUCUGGUACAAAUGAAGGAGGUCUAGUGAAAGGUAGUCCAGUUCCAGUAGCUGGCUCUUCAAUGGCUGAAGGCUUAGCUCCAGGAGUAGGCCUAGGUUCAGCAGGGACGUCUACUCCUCUUCAUUCUCUCUCUUGGUAG